CCAAAAUAAGAUUAAACGCACCGUUUCCUUUUUCUGAACUCCUUCUCUGCAAAAAAAAAUUCAAAGAAAAACGGAGUUGAUGAGCACAACCACCGGCACCGCCACCGCUAUCGGCGGCGAGGAAGAACAAAAACUGGUCCAAAGCAUAACUACAAUACUAACCAAACAAGAAAACCCACAUAAGCUUCAACCCUUCAUCCCACACCUCACUCUCCCAAUCAUCAUCUCAAUCCUCUCAUGGAAACCCCUUCACUCUAACCCCAAAACCCUAGUUUCCUUCUUCAAAUGGUUCCAAUCAAACGCACCAUCCCCUCUCUCCCUAAACCCUGAACCUCUCCUCACUCUCCUCCCUCCUCUCCUCUCCCGCCGCAAUUUCUGCGACGCCAAAUCCCUCCUCCUCAAUUUCAUCUCCUCCGACCACCCCCAACAUUCCCUUCACUCCCACCUCCUCCGCUCCAACAAAUCCAUCCCUAAACCCGUCCUCGACACUUCCCUCGCCGCUUACGUUCAAUCUAACCACCCUCACCUCGCUGUUCAGAUUUUCAACAAGAUGAAAAGACUUCGUUUUCGCCCUAAUUUGCUCACUUGCAACACUCUCAUUAAUUCUCUUGUUAAGUCAAAUUCUUCUCACACUCUUAUUUUGUCUAGACAAGUUUUUAAGGAUGCAGUUAAACUUGGCGUUGAACCUAACACAAACACGUUCAAUAUUUUGAUUCAUGGUUAUUGUUCUGAUAAUAAUUUCAAUGAAGCUUUUAAGUUGAUUAAUCAAAUGGGUGAGUUUGGUUGUUCACCUGAUAAUGUUACUUACAAUACUGUUUUGAAUGCUUUUUGUAAGAGAAGUCAGUUGAGUAAAGUUAGGGAAUUGUUGCAUCAAAUGAAGAGUAGUGGUCUUGUUCCUAAUAGGAAUACUUAUAAUAUUUUGGUUCAUGGGUAUUGUAAGUUGAAAUGGUUGAAGGAAGCUGCUGAGGUUAUUGAAUUGAUGACUGGGAAUGGUAUGUUGCCUGAUGUUUGGACUUAUAAUUCUAUGGUGAGGGGUUUGUGUGAUGAGGGUAAGAUUGAUGAAGCUUUUAGGCUUAGAGAUGAGAUGGAGAAUUUGAAAUUGAUUCCUGAUAUUGUUACUUAUAAUACUUUGAUUGAUGGGUGUUUUGAGCAUCGGGGUAGUGCUGCGGCGUUUAUGUUGUUAGAGGAAAUGAAGUCAAGGGGAGUUAAGGAGAAUGCUGUGACUCACAAUAUAAAGGUUAAGUGGUUCUGUAAGGAAGGUAAGGUUGAUGAGGCGAGUAAUGUGAUGGUGAAGAUGGCGGAAAGUGGGUUUUCUCCGGAUUGUUUUACUUUUAACACGAUGAUUAACUGUUAUUGUAAAGCUGGAAAUCUGGGAGAGGCAUUUAAGAUGAUGGAUGAAAUGGGAAGGAAGGGGUUGAAAAUGGAUACUUUUACUCUUAACACUAUAUUGCACACUUUGUGCUUGGAGAAGAAGCUAGAGGAUGCAUACGACUUGAUUGUAAAGGCCAGGAAGCGAGGUUAUAUUCUUGACGAGGUAACAUAUGGAACUCUAAUCAUGGGGUACUUCAAGGAUGAACAAGCAGACAGGGCUUUGAAGCUUUGGGAUGAGAUGAAGGAGAAAGGGAUUGUUCCUGGUGUUGUCACUUAUAACACUAUAAUCAGAGGGUUGUGUCUAUCGGGAAAAACUGAUAAAGGUGUAGAUAAAUUGAAUGAGCUUUUAGAGAAGGGUUUGGUCCCCGAUGAAGCCACUAGUAACAUAAUUAUUCAUGGUUAUUGCUGGGAGGGAGCGGUAGAGAAAGCAUUUCAGUUCCAUAACAAAAUGAUAGGAAACUCGUUCAAACCAGAUAUUUUCACAUGUAAUAUUCUUCUCCGAGGACUCUGCAGUGAGGGUAUGUUGGAGAAAGGUAUUACCCUUUUUAACACAUGGAUCACUAAAGGGAGGCCCAUUGACACAGUUACAUACAAUACAUUAAUAUCCUCUUUUUGCAAAGAAGGGAGGCUUGAGGAUGCAUUUGACCUUAUGUCUGAAAUGGAGGGGAGGAAGUUGGAACCUGACCAGUAUACAUAUAAUGCAAUUGUGAAUGCACUUACUAAUGCUGGAAAAACCGAUGAAGCAGAGAAAUUUUUGUCAAAACUUGCAGAGAAAGGGCAAGAGUUGAAAACUCAGGACACUUCCCCAGAGCCUGGUUCAAGUGAUAUGAUGUAUUCAGAUCAAGUAAGUAGUUUGUGUACUCAGGGGAAGUACAAGGACGCAAUGAAAUUAUUUCAACAGGCAGAGCAAAACGGAGUUAGUUUAAACAAAUAUACAUAUAUCAAGCUUAUGGAUGGGCUUUUGAAGAGGCGUAAAAGCAUAUCAAAGGCUGCCUGAUAAAAAUGACAAUUUAUUGUCUUGUAUGAUGAACAACACUUGAAGCCCAACUGCUCACUCCCUCACUGGUUUACUAUUCUUGUCUCCUACUCCAAGCGUCCAAAGAACUCUUAACCCUUAAUCUUUUGCUUGUGGAUCGCAUUUCUUCUCAAAUUGUGAAAGUCAGGUUCUCAAAUCAACUCUCCUAGAUUGCUCAAGCCUCAUGGAGCGUACCCUUCAUUCAUGCAUUUGUUACCUCAAGUUGCUUACACUGUUAAGCUUAGAUCCCUUUGAAUCAAAAUUUUGGGAUUCUCUUUUAAGAAUUGCAUUCAUUCCUGGCCGAUAUCCUAAAACCAGCAAAUAUUUUAUUUGCUCAUUGCGCACUUCUGAUGAUCCCCCAUUUGCUUAUCUAAAAGUACAUAAUGGUCCAGCAGAAGUUCAAGCUAUUGAUGAUCAUUCUUGAACUGCAAUGUUAGCACAGUUCGGUAAUCUUAAUGGAAGGUAAAAGCUAACUUUGGUUCUACAAAUGGAACCGCCACCUGGACUGCUACAAAGCUGAUCAUGUGAAGGAGGUGUUAUAAUUUUUAUGAAGAAAUCUCCAACAUUCAAUCAAAAAAAGAAAGAGCUCUAACCUAGCUAUGGUGAAAGCAACUCGCAUUCUGGUGGCGGCAGCGGCGCCUAGUAGUCUGCUGGCUGAGGCUACACACAGAAGGGAGGCUAAGCCUUUUUGGGAAGGGAGGUAGCAGAAAAAGCAGCGGGUGAGGCUGAGGACAAUACCUGAAAGAACACUUUCGUACAAAUAUCGGUCCCACAACUACACCACUUAUUGCUACCACCGUCUUGCUCAAUUCCUAAGAAUGAUUAAAGAGAAUAUCGCUUUAGCUUUAUUAGAUACAGAAGAAAAACGCAAUGAAAUCAUGUGUUUGGUGCGUGAUUUGGAGCUCAUGAUCUUCAGGAGAAGAUGGUUCACUUACAUCAGAGGUGCGCUUGCAACAGCUGAAUUCCAUCGUCAACAAAAGGAAUAUUGUCAGAAACAGAUGGAAGACGCUGCGAAUACAGUAUUGCUCAUCAUGUCUGCCAGAUCAGCUUUACCAGCGUACUAUGAUUUCUUUGAUCUCUAUCCCUAUUCUCGAUUAGGAGCUGGAAGACCAAAGGUAUUUUAGUACUAUCUACUCUUGAGGUGUGACCUAGAUAGCAUUAUGUUAGAGAUGUUAAGUUAAUUUUAGCACUUCUUCUGUUUGACGGUUUUAAGUUGAUUUUAGUUUUAGCAUUAUGUUAGAGAUGUUAAGUUAACUCCUAGUGUAAUCUAUUAUCUAUAUAUUGAUAGGAUUGUAUUUUGUGAUUAAUUUUAAUUUGAUGCUGAUGUUAUGGGUACUGAAAGCGAAUGAGUGCUGUUUGAUCUGUAUUUUGUUAUUGAUACCUGCAUUUGAUAGAUGUUUUGCAGACUUUUUACAA